UCUUCGCGGGAGCGGUUCCGGCAUCGUUGGCCAGGACGUGAGAGCGGCGCCUCCGGCUCGGGCAUAAUGGCUGAGAAGCGGCACACAGGGGACGCCGAAGCCCGGCGGCUCCCGGACUCCUUCAGGGAUAGCCCCAGUGCAGGCCUUGGGCCUUGUGGCUGGGUUUUGGUGGCUGUCUCGUUCUUGUUCACGGUUAUAACUUUCCCCAUAUCGAUAUGGAUGUGCAUAAAGAUCAUUAAAGAAUAUGAAAGAGCCAUCAUCUUUAGAUUGGGUCGCAUUUUACAAGGAGGAGCAAAAGGACCUGGUUUGUUUUUUGUUCUGCCCUGCACUGACAGCUUCAUCAAGGUGGACAUGAGAACCAUUUCAUUUGACAUUCCUCCCCAGGAGAUCCUCACCAAGGAUUCGGUGACCGUCAGUGUGGAUGGUGUGGUCUAUUACCGCGUUCAGAAUGCUACCCUGGCCGUGGCGAAUAUCACCAACGCCGACUCGGCAACCCGUCUUCUGGCACAAACGACUCUGAGGAAUGUCCUGGGCACCAAGAACCUUUCCCAGAUCCUCUCCGACAGAGAAGAGAUUGCACACAACAUGCAGUGUACGCUGGAUGAUGCCACUGAUGACUGGGGAAUAAAGGUGGAGCGUGUGGAAAUUAAGGACGUGAAGCUGCCCGUGCAGCUUCAGAGAGCUAUGGCGGCUGAGGCAGAAGCGUCCCGGGAGGCCCGCGCCAAGGUCAUUGCAGCCGAGGGAGAAAUGAACGCAUCCAGGGCUCUGAAAGAAGCCUCUAUGGUCAUCACCGAAUCUCCGGCAGCCCUUCAGCUGCGGUACCUCCAGACGCUGACGACCAUCGCAGCUGAGAAAAACUCCACGAUCGUCUUCCCCCUGCCCAUAGACAUGUUGCAAGGCAUCGUGGGGGCAAAACAGUGAGCCGCAGAGGCCAACGCAGAGAUGCACCCGUCCCUUCCAGGGUAGAGCGGGGACCAAAUCAGCCCUUAACCUGUAAGGAGAGAGGAGGGCGGGACCUCGACUAAAUAUUCCUUCCUCUCUCUCCUUUUCCAUAUGUUGACUGCAAGGUUCUUAGAAUGUGUAGUGAUCCUAGCAACAGAUGAAGAUUGUUAGCUUGUAAACACUGAGAAAGAGAAGGGGUGCGGGGAGGGGACUAGUGAUUUAUAGAAGAUAAUUUCUUACUCGUUAAAAUAUUUAAAAGUUCAUAUAUUUAGAUCAUUAUGUAAUAGGUUAAAUCCCCCUUCUUUUGACUUUUCAGUGGGUCGUUCUGCAACCUCUAUCUGCAGCCAGGCCAAAGGCGAGAAAAUAGGUUAUAACCACCACUUGACAGCCUGGCUGAAUAAAUGCUUUGCAGAAAGCAGAGACCUUAGGCUACGACCAGCUUCUCUGGGCCACACGUGCCUUACUCCCGGGGAAUCUUAAGGAAACAUUCUUGCCAUCUGUUUACUUUCUAAUCCCAGGCCAUGUUUCAAAAUAAUCCUCUCUCCAGAGGAGGCAAUUUCUUGCCUGUACCUGUCAACACUGGAGGAAAUGGUCAAGAUCAGUGAGAAAGAUGAUCUUAACCCUUGAAAGACUUGUAAAUCUGCUGCCACAAAAAUCCUUUAAGAAUAAUAUGUUUCUUUUCUUUUUUUGCUCAAAACUUCUUUGAGCCUCUCUACGACCAAAUGAUUCCCCUGUGGUCUUUCAAACCAGCUAAAUACUUGUCACAAAAGUGCUUUUUUCUCACUUUUAACUAUUUUCAUAUAUCAGGUUCUCAAUAGUUUGAUUUUUUAAAUGACACUUUCUCUAAGUUCUAUAAACAACUCUUUAUAUACCCAUUCGAAUAGCUUAAGGACUAAUACUUUUUAAAAAAAUGUCUUCAGAAAGCCAUUCUAUUUUACUGUCUGCAUGCUAUUAACUGUUGUACACUGUGAAAUAUUUUGGUUAUCAGUCCCGUUCAUUAAAUACUAUAAGGAAUUCACAGUAUAUUGGGCACAUAAUAGCCAAUGAGCUUGGCGAGACACUGUCAAACUUAGGAUAUACAUACGGAUCUAGGUCUUUUUUCUAUUUGCAGAAUCAUCUUUUUCUGUCACUAAUGUCGUUGCCUAAAGAGGAAGUGGUCAGCCCCUCUGAACCACAGUUGCUUAUUUUGCAGUAAUAGGAAACACCUUCAGUUUUGCAAAUGUUCUUGAAUCUGAGCAACGUGGCAUUCUUCCUGGUCCGAAAACCUGGCUGGCAACAUUCCUCCUUGAGGAACUCAAGUUACUCAUUUUAAAUAAUGCUCUUAUCUCUUUGGUGAGGUGGCAACCCAUAAGGACCAGGAAACAACUCCCUAUCCUGGCUGAAAAAUCUCUUCUCAGGCUUAGAGUAACCGUGCGUUCCGCUCCUGGAGUUUCCCUAUUUGCAGAUACCAGUCUUCGCCUCCCUGCCUUGUGGAUUCAUAGCCCAGUAGGGUGGGAUUAAAUUGCUUGAGAGGGAGGAAGCAUAAAAGGGGUCUAGGGUGAGUGUUGGUAGAAGAGGUUUUUCCACAUGGCCUCCCUUUCCAAUGCUGUACAUAAUAAAGUGUGCACUUG